ACUGCUUCAGAUUUAGAAGCUGGUGAUCGAGUGCUGGUCAGGAAUGUUCGUCUUCGAGGGAAGCAUAAGAUUAUGGACAAGUGGGAGUCCACUGUCUAUGUAGUGGUAAAAAGGGCUGGAACCCUCCCAGUGUACACCAUUAGACCUGAAAACAGGGACGGUCCACUCAGAACCCUACAUAGGGACCUAUUACUCCCUUGUGGCUACCUCAUUCCCGAAACCAGUAAUGAGCCUGAUAAGCAGUCCCAAAGAUGCAGACCUGCAACACGUCUUAGUCCUGCUGCAGAUGUAGAGCAGUUCUCAGAAGAGGACGAGGAUGGAACGUGUUGGUUCAGUGAAUUCCCCAGUGCCGAAAUCUCCAGGUUCUCAGCAGUCAAUAAUGUUCCAGUGCAAUCAGGUCCGGUUAUGUCUGAGGUGCAAGAUACACCCCAUGCUGAGCCUUCAGAGUACUAUUUUCCUGUUGAGACUCCUGUGACUUCACAAGAUACUGAACCCAUUUCAGAGACUGCCCAUUUGAAUGACUUACCUGGUGUUGUUCCAAGCCCAGAGACACUUGCAUUGUCUAACGAUAAUGACAAUGAACACUUACUCCUUGACGGAAUCCCACCAGUAGAACUAUUGACUGAAAGGGUGGUGUCUCUGAGUGACUGCCAUGACUUAAGUUCUGAGAGUCCUCCAGUUAUUACUAACUUGUCUGACACUAUUGGGGGGAAGGGCCAGGCUGAGACUGACUUAGUAGAUAAGCCUCGCAUCCUUGAGCCUUGUGAUAAAGAGUCAGAAAACCAGUCGCAGCCUUGCAGUGACAAUCAGCCUAGUUCUGCCCGACGUUCAGUUAGGAAUAGGCAGCAGCCUAGCAGACUCCAGUAUGUGAAACCUGGAAACCCAUUGAUAGCUGUUGUGCAGUCUCUGUUCCAGGGUCUAACCACAGCAUUUACUGAUGUUUUAAGUGAGACUGAGCACUUCCACUCUGGGCAGUCCCAUCAAGCAGUAAUUGCCCAACCACUGCCAUGCAACGGGACGUGCAUGAGUUUAGGGGGGGAAGAUGUAGCCCACAUUAUAAAACCAGUGAGCACAUAUUGAGAGAAAGGGAGAAUGUAGACUUUGACAUGCUGUUACGUUUCUAGCCAGUAGGGGGAGGUACCAGUCAUCUAACUCACCUACUCUGUGUCAAACGUCAUUACCUGUCUACAUUCGGUCCGCCAUUUUAGAUCACUCGAGCUAGACGCAUGCUCUCGGUUUUGGUCAGAUCAUAAUCUGUGUAGAUGAGUGAAGUAAUCCUGCUGACCUGUUGAAAGGUGCAGGGAUAUUUACGGAUCAACGGUCAGGUUUUUGAUUCUAAGGAAAAGAAUUCUCCGGUGUCAAAGAGGACGGCGAGGAACAAAGAUUCCAGUUAACUGGUGGCGAGCUACCCUACAAUCUAUCAGAAGAGAUUGGACUUUCACAUUCCUCACUCCACAGUGUGGUAGGACAGACCCUGUAUAAAGACGGAUUGGACCAAACAACCAUCUACAAACUGACAUUUACGACUUGACUGACAGACUUUGAAUUGACUUUUAUGUGCACACUUUUCUUUUAUUUAUUUCUGUUUAUUAUUUUGGGGAGAAUUUUUGAUGUGUUCUAUUGUCAAACCAAGUUGAACUGCUGUUAUGUUUAAAUAUAAGUUAAUGUAAAGAAAUUGUAUUUUUGUAUUUCUCAUUAUUGAUUCUCAACUCCAGGGCUCCUCCUUACUUAGAAUCUUCUAUCCUGGUCCAGACUAACACUUAUUCUAGUGUAACCAAGGGUUAAAAAACUGUUGAGUUGAUUCCUGCUCACAUUCACUUCACUGAAAUUCUCUUAUCGGGGAUUUUCACUUCUUGUUCACUGAUCUGUCUGUGAUACAUGUGAUCAACGGGCUUCUGCAUGGUACUGACCUGAGACCUGUGACCUCUGACCUCUGACCUGUGACCACUGACCACUAUCAG